AUGCCGAACUCUUUUUUCCUCUUCCUCUCCGUUUUUCUCUUCGCUUCUGCUCUCGAAGCUUGCGACUCCGUCGAACGAGCCGCGCUCUCGUCGUUCGCCGGCGAUCUGACCACCUCGGACUCUCCGGCAUUGAAUUGGUCGGAAUCGGGAGAUUGCUGUCUGUGGGAAGGCGUACGGUGCGACCGCAGCCGCAGCAGAGUCGUCGGGUUGUCUCUCCCCCGGCGAGGACUCACCGGAAAGAUUUCUCCGUUCGUCGGGAACUUAACGUCUCUCUCUCACCUCAACCUCACCGGAAAUCAUCUUACCGGCGAUCUCCCGGGAGAAAUAUUCUCUCUGAAUCUCCUCCGAGUUCUUGAUCUGAGUGACAACCGUUUCUCUGGAGCCUUACCUCUGAAUCUACCCUUCAAAUUCAUAGAGGAUUUGGAUUUCUCGUCGAAUAAUUUCCACGGCGAAAUCUCAGACGGAUUUUUCCGGCUCACUGAGAGCGUUGUGAGUCUAAAUCUGAGCAACAACAACUUCAAUGGCUCUCUCCCUUCAUCGAUCUGCAAUGGCGCAGCAAGCUCAUCAGUUCAAGCUCUGGACUUUUCCGGGAAUCGAUUUUCCGGGAAAAUUCCUCUAGGGUUCGGAAAAUGCUCUGCUUUAAGGGUUCUGCUUGCAGGGUAUAACUCUCUCACUGGACACAUCCCAGAUGAGAUCUACAACGCUUCAACACUUCAGAUACUUGGAUUACACGUCAACCAUCUCUCCGGAACAAUCAGCCCCCGGUUUUCGCAGCUCGUGAACCUCGAGCAUCUCGAGCUUCGGGACAAUUCGUUUAACGGGUCGAUUCCAGAAACAAUCGGGCAUCUAUCGAAGUUGAAAAGUUUGCUCCUUCAGAGCAAUGAGCUCGAAGGCAAUCUUCCAAAGUCUCUCAUGAACUGUACAGAUCUUACAUCGUUGAUUCUGCGGGUAAACAGCUUCGAUGGUGAUAUCUCAAGCUAUGAUUUCUCGAGAUUCACCCGUCUUCGUUUGCUCGAUCUCGGGAACAACUUCUUCACCGGGAUUCUGCCUCCGAGCAUGUAUGCUUGCAAAUCGCUUCAGGCCAUAAGGGCGUGUGGAAACUUUCUGCAAGGACAGAUUGCUCCUGAGAUUCUCAACUUGGAUUCCUUAACUUACGUAUCACUCUCCAACAACAAUCUGACCAAUAUUACAGGCGCCAUCAGUCUUCUUUCCGCGUCCAAGAACCUCACGGCUCUCCUUAUUUGCGGAAAUUUCUUCGACGAAACGCUACCCGAUGAUGAGGAACUGAUGGAUCCCGAAGGGUUUAAGGCGCUCACUAGCCUCGCCUUGUGCGGAUCCAAUUUGCACGGGAAGAUCCCAACGUGGUUGUCAAAGGCUGAAAAGCUUAGAUUCUUGGACAUUUCGGAUAACCGGUUCACGGGAUCUGUGCCCGGUUGGCUCGGGAAUCUCCGCGAGCUUUUCUACAUAAGCUUAUCUGGGAAUCUGCUAUCGGGCGAAAUCCCGAAGGAUUUCUUCAAUCUUCAAGGAUUGGAUUUAGGGCAACCGCCACUGGAGCUACCGGUUUUCCUCAUGCCUUAUUGUGUAAUCAGUAGGCAGUACAAUACACUGAACAACAUAAAACCGUCGCUUUACCUGUCAAGAAACGAUCUUACCGGAAGAAUUCCACGGGAGAUCGGCCGCCUAAGAUUCUUGCACACUGUUGAUUUGAGCGAAAACCGGCUCUUCGGAAACAUUCCCGAUGAAAUAUCAUACCUCGCAAAGUUGGAAACUUUGGACGUUUCAAGAAACAAUCUCACCGGAGAAAUCCCGGGUUCAUUGAUAAGCUUGAGUUUCCUGUCGGAGUUCAACGUUUCCGACAACAACUUGAGCGGACCGGUUCCAGCCGGCGGUCAGUUCCACACGUUUACAAGGGCAAGCUUCGGAGGAAACCCAAGGCUGUGUGGCUCGAUACUGGAGAGAAAAUGUUCUUCCGAGAGGCCGGAAAUGAUCGAAGACAACGGAAACGACCCGUUUGCCAUCUCAGGGUCCUCGGAGUUUGGUCUCGGGAUCAUGGUCGGUACAAUUGUUGGUUUUUCUGUCGCCUCUGUCAUCGGGAUUCUGUUUCUGGACAAUCUGUGGAAGUUCAGAUUCACUGGAAAAUCUGCGCAGAAACAGAAGUUAGGCGGCGGAAUGAAGAAGAGCAGAAUACACUGCACAAGAUACUAG